ACAACACCAGGCUGCUGCUGGAACACCUGGAGAUCCUGGUUUCCCGGUAUGUGCCGUCCCUCGGGAUGACGGCGGGCCCGCAGCAGGCGCAGUCCCCAGCCAGCAUGACCAGCGAGGUGGAGCUGCUCAGGGCGCUGAGAUUGCUCUUUGAGCACCACAAGGCCCUGGACGAGAAGUUGAGAGAGCAACUGCGACACGCUCUCGAAAGGUGUAGUUCCUUAGAAGAGGAAUUAAGGACCGCACACAAACAGGUGCAGAGCCAGAGGGAGCAGGACUGGGAGUCCACGCAGCCGGCCCGCGUGGUUGACACCGUGGCCCAGGCCUUCGAGAGUGACGACGAUGUGUCUGACAGCGAGGGCGACGGGGUCACCCUCCUCAGCUCGGCCGGUCAGCUGCCGCCCAGUGUGCAGGCCGAUGCCGACACUCUGCCUGUGAUGUAUCAGGAGCCGCUGGACGCCAUCAGUGAAGAGAUCCGGUGGAUCCAGGAGGAGAAGGAGAGCACGGAGCAGCGGGCCGAGGAGACUGAGAGCAGGGCGGGCGGGGCGUGCUUAGGCAGCCUUUGGUGUUUUAAGUCCCUGAGCUCCGACAACCUGUGUCCUGCCUCCUCACUUGCCGGCUCCUGCCCGCCCAGCAGGGAGCGCUCCCCGCCCCGAAGGAGGCGGCACAGCCCGGAGCUCCAGGGAGACCGGCUGGGCGUCAUGACUCUGCUGCCUGCUUUAAUGGAAGAGGAAGAAGACGACGAGACCACCAUCAAAGGUGAAACCUCGAGCCCUGCCUCGCCACGGUCCCUUCGGCUGGACCGGCUGCACACGGGGGCUCUGCGCACGGCCGGCCCCGAGGACGUCAGGGACACCCGCAACUCGACCGGCUCUCAGGACGGCCCCGGGGGCAACCCCAGUAGCAGCACCAUCAGCCAGGACUCGCUGCAGAAAGCCGCGAAGAAGAAGGGCAUCAGGUCCUGCAUCAGCCGCUUGUUUGGCAAGAAGUAAAAGGGCCGGCCUGGACUCCCGGCAGGGAGGCCUUAGGACCAGGCAGACCUUUACAGCUCGCGCCACCUGGAAAGGCCCCGUGAACGCUGAUGCAGAAAAGAAGGGCUGCUCCUAAGUUAAACUGGAAGAGCAGCAAGCACAGGUUGUAACGAGGAAACCACACGAUGAGCGACAACAGUGCGGACAGAAACAAGCAGGGACGCCUUCACCCACAUAAAGAAAACAAGUGUGCCGUUCGGAAGAGGAGCCCGUCAGCCCUUGGAGGGACAGUUGGAACCAGAAUGAAAACCGAGGCCGUGGUCAGCAGUGCCCACGCACACGGCCUGAGUGGCGUGGUGUCACUCACCGGGCUUCCUGCGUCCCCAGAGCUGCUGCCAGCGGUAACAUCUCUGAGUGCUAGGACGGCAGCGUCCCCGAGUGAGCUGAGGCAUCGCUGCUG